AUGGCGUUCCGUGGCGUACUGCUCCAGUUGGACGAAGCCACGCGCGCCAACGGGUUCCAAGUGCUCACACGGACCGCCGAACUCACUCUCCCCCGUCCGCCAGCGCCUCUGCACGAGCCAAUAGUGACCACGUGGAGCCACCAACAGCUCGUGGUCAUUGACGGGAAGUCACGCGACGUUCUCUGCAUCGCGCGCCUUGCGACAGUUGCGCUUCAAGCCGAAGAACAGUCGAUCCUCUGGAGCAGACGACCGACGCAGGAGCGUCCAAGUGGAAAAGAUAUUGCAGCGAUAGAGAGCGAUGCAGCAGGUCAAGAGGUGAAGAAGAAGAAGGAGGAGGAGGAGGAGGAAGAGGUGACGCUCGAAGGAGGACGUCCCGCCGUCGAGGAACGACCGAGACGCUGCUAUUGCUUCCGCUUUGGCUCGGAGUUUGAGUACGAGCUGUUUGCACGGACGCUGGCAGCGCUCACGCGGAUGCAGCGGUACGCGCUCGUGCAGAGCUCUGUGGUGCUGGAGAUGGCCAUUGCGUACGAGGACAAGAAGUGGCGGCAGGACGAGGGCGUGCGGCUCCAGGCCGCAGCAACCAAAGCCCAGCACCGACUGGAGCUCCGUCGUAGGAAGCGGAAAGAAGAGGAAGAGCGAGCGCGGAAGCAACAGGAAAAGGUGGCGAAGACGAACAAGAGGACGACGCACAUGGUGCCGAUCAAGUCCCGAGCGAGGACGACAGCAGUGGCGGUAGUAUCGCCUCGUACCAUGCGGUGCGUCUUGUGUCGCGUGCCGAGACAGCGCGACGCACCCGAGUUCCCGAAACAUCCGUUCGUGCUCAAGGUAAUUGUGUUGACGGCAUUUGGGAUGACUUUGUUUGGUGCUGCUGCUGCACAGGAUGGCAAGGGAGAAGUGGUGCACAUCUGCAAAGUGUGUUUGCAACGGGUGCUGCAGCUGCGGUUGGCGACGCAGGCGCUGGUGAAGAAGAGUCGGGAGGACAAUUAUUGUGGACUGUGCGCCCAGCCCACUGAGAAGCUGCCGGCCAAGUCGACGAAAGCAUGCGCCCACUUGAUCUGCACACGUGUGUACUGUGUCCCGUGUAUCAACAAGCUGAUUGGCAAGGCGCAAACACCUGCAGUGUGGCAGACGAAGCAGUGGCUGUGUCCAAACUGCACCACGGGCAACAAUAGCACUCUUGCUCGGAAAGAGGGAAAAGGAACAGGACCUGCGUCAGCAGCGAGCACUGUCAUGACAGCAGCAGCAGCCAAGCCAAAGAAGCGGAAGCGAUAUACCGUGACUGACGGAACUAGCAAAGCAGAUAAUGACAAGCCAGACUCGCUGGUACCAGCUCUUCGCUCGGUAUCGGACAUGAAGCCGAUCGACUACGCCGUGACGUACUUCAAGUUCAUUUUACAGCGUGAGAUGCAAGACGCGUUUGAGGAAUCGGAAGAUGUGUGCUUUUGCUGCAAAGAUGGCGGAAACGUGAUCGAGUGCGAUUGGAAAGGGUUGAAUGGCGCUAUGGCGCGCUGUCCGAAGGUGUAUCAUGAAGACUGCUUGGGCUACAAAGUGCCAGAAGGCAAGACGUGGGUAUGUCCGCGCCAUCGCUGUCAGGAUUGCGGUGUCAUUGCUCCGUACUCGUGUCGCUUUUGCGUGACAUCGUAUUGCGAGGAUCACUUGCCGAAAGACGUGCGACGACUCGGCCACGCUACACGAGACAUUGCCACUGCAACGUACGUGAUGUGUCCCAGGUGCAGUCAGCAAGCUCAAGACGCCUUCAAGCAAGAGAAGAUCGAGCCAGACCUUUACACCAAGCUCUUGCGACGACGCGCUGGUAAACGUUGA